AUGACCGGGAAAGUGGCGGAGAAGCUCCCUCUUACCAUGAGCAGUUUAAUAAACAGCAUCCCCGACAGCCUGUACCCAGAAGAGGACGUUCCCACCUCGAUGAACAUUUUCACCAGCACGGAAUCUAUUAACCACUACUCGCAGAUGAACACGGAUAAUAUCAUGGAUAUAGGCAUGGGAAGCGAGAAAGCCGGUGCGGAGAUUCAGUACGGGUCAAGUUUCCAGUCCAACCGGAGCGGACAGACGGUCACGUACCUGGGAAAGUUCGCAUUCGACACGCCGCCCUCGGGUGGCAUCGGCGGCUCCGGCUGGUGUUCCGACAACAACAUCAUCAGCCUGGUCAGCGCGGGGAUCCUGGGCGUCUCUCCGUCGCCCGGCACGGUAAGCGCCCAGACGCCAUCCUCUGCGGCCGGUAUGGGAGGACAAAACUCAGACAUGGAGCAGGUGUACGGCCCGCCGCUACCCGCUUACUCCACCUGCGGCGACCUGUACCAGGACCAGGUGUCCUUCCACCACAGUCCCGCCACCAGCACUGCUCUAGCUUACCCCGCGAACGACUACCACUCCACGUCGAAAGCCUCCAUGGAUGGCAGCCUUUUCUCCAUGAUCCCCGAUUACAACCUCUUCCAUCACCAAGGGGAAGUCAGCGUGAUGGAGCACAAGCCGUUUCAGACUAUGGACCCCAUCCGGGUCAACCCGCCGCCCAUCACGCCCCUGGAAACAAUUCGAGCGUUUAAGGACAAACAGCAGAUUCACCCGGGGUUCAUCGGCGGGCAGCAGCACGCUCCGCCCCACCACGCUCCCCCGCAGACUCUGACACUGAAACCCAUCCGACCGCGAAAGUACCCCAACCGCCCUAGUAAAACGCCCGUCCACGAACGUCCACACGCGUGCCCGGCGGAGAACUGCGACCGGCGCUUCUCGCGCUCGGACGAGCUGACACGGCACUUGCGCAUCCACACGGGCCACAAGCCCUUCCAGUGCAGAAUAUGCAUGCGCUCCUUCAGCCGCAGCGACCACCUCACCACGCACAUCCGCACGCACACCGGCGAGAAGCCCUUUUCCUGCGAGUUCUGCGGGCGCAAGUUCGCCCGCAGCGACGAGAGAAAGAGACACGCGAAAGUUCACCUGAAACAGAAGGACAAGAAACCGUCGGACAAAGGAAACGGUGGGGUCGGAACCCACGGUUCUCCACCCAAUUCCUGCGGGGGGCCCACCAUGGGGCCCUCGUGA